AUGGACGAGAGACCCGACGGAUCAGCGGCUGUGAUGCCGGACCUGCUGGGCCAUAACGGCGCCUCGUUCCGCCCGCGCAACUACCAGUUGGAGAUGCUGGAGGCGAGUCGUCGGCAGAAUGUCAUCGUUGCCAUGGACACGGGUAGUGGAAAGACUCAUAUAGCGGUACUGCGUAUCAUUGAUGAACUUGAGAAAGGGGACCCAGAGAAGCUGACUUGGUUUUUGGCUCCGACCGUGGCUCUGUGCCUUCAACAAUACGAAGUCAUUGCUUCACAUAUACAAUCUGCGAAGACUCGGGUUCUCACAGGGCUUGACAACGUUGACCGACGGACCGACCAAGCCAUCUGGAAUACCGUCCUGCAAGGUAUCCGCGUGGUGGUCUCCACACAUGCCGUCCUUGCGGAUGCCUUAAACCACGGCUUUGUGCGCAUGUCACAGCUUGCAGUCGUUAUUUUCGAUGAAGCUAACCACUGCAUGCGUCGUCACCGAUGCGUCGUCACCCAGCGAACAAAAUUAUGCAGAACCAUUAUCAUCCAACCCGUAGUACCUUUGGCAGUCGUGGAGACGAUCGAGGCCAACCUAGAUGCGGUGUGCAAAACUCCCCGCGUAUAUCGGGCUGAACUUCUUGAGCGCGCCUGUCGACCACGGUUGAAGCGAAUUAGCUACUCGCCGAUGCAAAAAGAAGAACUAGGGAAAGGGAGUGAGCUGCUUCUUUCUCUCAUUCAUUUCAUUGAAUCCUUUGACCUGCAGAAUGAUCCCUAUUUUGAGAUGCUCCGGCAGAAGCCCGAGACUCAGGAACAGGCGGAGAAAAUACUAAAAAGCGGAAAGACCUUUUGCAGCGACCAGCUUGCCAAAUUCCUCGAAAUCAGCCACCAUAUUUACGAGGAGGUCGGUGACUGGGCCACGGACUAUUUCAUCAGAACGUCGGUUGACCAUUUGCGGCAUACAAUUGAAAAUGAUACUUCAAUGACUGGCGUUAACCGUGCAGAGAGACUCUUUCUGCUCGAGCUCCUGCUUGAUUUGCCCGUGUCUGAGAUCACCGCCGAUAGUAUGCAUAUCUCUCCGAAGCUGGAAAAGCUGCUUGCUUUUCUUGAGAAGAUGGAUCAUUCCGAGUUUUCCGGCUUGAUCUUUGCUAAACGAAGGGCCACAGUCAGCAUUUUAGCUCGCGUCCUGUCAAUGCACCCUGCGACAAAGAAUCAUUUUCGCAGUGCUUCUUAUGUCGGCUGGUCGAAUAACACCAGCCGGAAAGACUACCUAGGUAAUUUACUAAGUCAGGAUACGCAGCGAGAUACGCUAUCCGAGUUUCGAGCUGGCCGGAUAAACCUGAUUGUGACGACGGAUGCAUUAGAAGAAGGUCUGGAUGUCAGCACCUGCAGCUUGGUCUCGACGUAUGCUAUUAUGAUAUCUACCCAAGAUGAAUCAUUGGUUCUGCAUAAAUGGCAGAAGUUGGAACAGGACAUGGUCGAGGCAUAUCAAGAUGAUGAGAGACAACGUCGCGAGGCAUGCGCACUCGAGAGCAUUGACGAACCCGUUGACUCAUUCUUAUUGGUGCCGUCUACCGGCGCACGCAUGUCGGCGAAUGAUGCGAUGCAGCAUCUGCUGCACUUCUGCGCGGUACUACCCGUCGAUGAAUACGCCGACAACCGUCCAAUGUUCUCCUUUGAAGAAGACAAGAGCGGGUGCAUCCGAGGCACUGUUACCCUGCCCACUUCCGUUGCCCCAUCCGUCCGCCGUGCGCAAGGCCAGACAUGGUGGCGUACAGAGCGAGCCGCCAAAAAGGAAGCAGCUUUCCAGGCGUACAAAGCACUUCAUGUGUAUGGUCUCGUCAACAAUAAUCUGCUGCCACUCACACGCAAGCCGGGGCUGCGAUUCACUGAAGAAAUAAAUCUUCCUUCCUAUUAUCGAGUGCUCCGAGCAGCUGUUAUCACGGUCUCGAACAAGGACGACGGAGUUGCGAUUGGAGACCUGUCCAUGUCCAUCGUGUUGCCUAAGAGGACAGUCAUGCCGGAUCCCAUACCUCUCUAUUGGAAACGCGGCACCACACUGAUCGCAAAAUUCGCACAACCGCAACCAGUAGAAGCAACAAUGGAGACUAUCAUGACCAUGAGGAGCACGACAUUCGCCUACCUGCAAGCCCCGAGUUCGCGUGUACGAGCCCCGUCGGGCGAUUUCGUGGCACUUUUUGUGCCCAUUAUCCCUCUGGCGCAACUGGAAGAGUGGAUACACAACUAUGGGGGAACUGAAAAGGCCGUCGAUCUCCACUCACGGGAGACAAUCUCCCCAAAGGGCAUCAUUCGAGACACAGAAAAUUAUGGCGAACUGUGCUUGUUCAGAAGGUGGAUCUGCGAGGACGACAACCAGAUCUAUUUGGAAUGCCAAUCGCUUCCCCGUAGACGCAAUUUUCUGCAGAUUGGCACUUUUGAGACAGCGCUGCCAAAGAUACGCGUCCUCCCGGCAUCAGGUUGCACCGUUGACAAGCUCCCUGCGGCGAAGGCCAUGGCCGGACGUUUGAUUCCCGCUCUGCUCAACCGAUUUGAAGCAACAACCGUCGCAAACCGAUUGAAUGACACUAUCCUCAAAGGUGUCGGGAUCCAAGACCUCAGCCACAUCAUCACGGCAAUCACUGCGCCGAUUGCUCAAGCUGCCACUGACUAUCAACGGUACGAAUUCUUUGGGGACUCAAUCCUCAAGUUCACCGUGAGUUACCAGCUUUUCUUAGCGCAACCAAGCUGGCAUGAGGGAUAUUUAUCCGAAAGUCGUGACAAUCUUGUUAAUAAUAAGCGGCUAGCUCGCGCGGCCCUUGAGACUGGCUUGGAUAGAUUUAUCCUUACCAACGGGUUCGUGCCGCGCGAGUGGGACUCCCCCUUGAUUUCGCAGAAAUCCUCCUUGCAUGCAAGCAAACGGAAGCGGAAUCUUUCAAUAAAGAUGCUAGCUGAUGUAGUCGAAGCACUGAUUGGUGCCGGGUACAUGGACGGUGGCUUGCACAGGGCACAGGCCUGUUUGCACUGCUUCCUGCCGGAGAUCGACAAAUUCACCAGCACCAAUGCAGUGGGAGAGGUAAACCGCCUUCCCCGCCUCAUCGGAUACUCCUUCAAGGACGGAGCGUUGCUGACAGAAGCCCUCACCCACCCUUCCUGUGAGCAUGACACCACUACGCAAUCCUACCAGCGCCUGGAAUACCUCGGCGAUGCGGUCCUGGAUAUUAUAGUCAUGUCUACGUUAGCAGCACUCCCUCACCAACUUUCCCAGGGCAAGAUGACCCAGAUCAAACAUGCAGUCGUCAACGCGAAUCUGCUCGCAUUCUUGUGCAUGGAUUUCGGCGUUCCGGACUUAAUUCCGAACAUUGAAGUCUGCCAGGCGCCCGGAGGCAAUGUGAAGCCUGUGUCGCACUCGGAGAAAACCCACCUGUGGCACUUCCUUCGUUUCAAUGGGCUGGCAAUUAAGAAGUAUGCGCCCGAGUACCCGUGGGAGCAUCUUGCGUGUUUACGCGCGGAGAAGUUCAUUUCCGACAUUGUGGAGAGCACUAUUGGCGCCAUUUUUGUCGAUUCCCGCGGGGAUCUCCGUCAGUGCCAUGCGUUUGCGGAGCGCAUCGGGCUGCUAGCCUUUCUGCGCCGCAUCAUAACGGAAGGUGUGAACAUCGAACAUCCGCGGAAUACGGCGCAGAACCUAGCCAAAUCACUUGGAACCCUCAUUUUCAACACCAAAAGAGUUGAGGUUGGGGGCGCUAUUGCGACGUACUGCUCAUCGGCAGUGACGAACAAAGAAGAAAUUGCAAUGGUGGAUGGUUGUGCAUCAGCAGAGGAGGCCGAGCUGAAAGUGUCCCGUCUUUUGAUCGACAAGUAUAAGACCUAG